UUGGGACGUUGCCGCCAUAUUAGCAAGCGCAAUGCACGAUGGGAAGUCAAUUGUGAUGUUUAUUCUCCAUAGUUGUAGCAUAGCCUAUGGUUGUAGCUGCAGCGGUUGCAGUGUUUCUUUUUGAUGAUUAAGCUAGUGCACUACAGUGUGCUUUGCACGUUUCCGUCUGAACUUUGACGUUCAGCGCUGCGGCGAUGUCGUUCGUGGGCGAUCCUCGAGGACGGAGCGGCAGCUGCACGUUUUACGGCGGCUUCGAAUACAAGAAUCGAAGUGGUCCUGCCACCCUCUCCGUGGGCCAGUUUGUAUACGUUCGGAUUUCGCCCAACGAUGACCCUUGCAUCGCCGAGUUGCAGCUUUUGUGGAAAGACCACCAACACAGUGCACAGUUGGCCAGUAUUCAGCUAUAUUUCUUGCCCGAACAGACUCCUGACGGCAGGUUACCCCACCAGGGCCAGCAUGAAGUGCUGGCAGCCUCGGAAAAGGCAGUGCUGCGUUUGGAGGACUUUGUGGGCUGCAUCACAGAUGAAGUGGAGUGGAGCCACGGCCUGCUGGCAGGUCCACCAUCUGAAGGUGCAUCAUCCCCAGGUGUGGUGGUUCUGUCGUAUCCACGCUACUGCCGUUACCGUGCCCUUCUCAAGCGCCUUGAAGGCCACUGGCCUCCUGAGGGCAGCCUUGCCUUGCUCCUUGGGGCUGACCAGUUGCCGUCACGGAGCGGUGGGAGCUGCCGCCUGCUGUUCUGCCGUGACACCUUCGAUCAUGAGGCACUUGCACACAAUGACCUCAUCUGUGAUCAUUUGGCUCCAGUGGAAAGGGGCCGUCAACGAAAGCGCAUCCGCAAGGCUAAUUCUGGAUCCGAAUCCUCUGAAGAAGAAAGCUCGGAGGUGACAGCGGCUUCUAGCACACCAUCAAAACCUUCAGUACAUCAUAGCAAAACAGCCCUAGACAAAACAGCAGAUGUCAAGUUAGAGAAAGUGAAGUCAGAAAAAAUGUCACAUGACAGUGUUCCAGAGGGCACCCCUAAAGAAAAAACUGCACAGGACAAAGUGCCUCUGGACACAUUGCCUCACGGUAGGACGUCACAAGACUUGUUGCCUGACACAGUGUCACAAGAGAGGAAGCCACAUGACAAAAUGCUUUUGGACAAAACACGAAACGGUGCCGACGAGUUUCUACGGCGCCUCUUCCAGUUCAUGAAGGAACGCAACACCCCCAUUCAACGUGUGCCUCAUCUUGGGUUCAAACAAAUUGACCUCUACCAUUUCUACCAGUUUUCUCAACGGCUUGGGGGUUAUGAAAAGAUCACGGGACGCAAGCAGUGGAAGCAGGUCUACGACCAAUUGGGAGGUGACCCAAGCAGCACAAGCGCAGCGACCUGUACACGUCGCCAUUAUGAAAGACUGCUGCUGCCGUUUGAGCUGCACCUGCGUGGUGAGGAUCGGCCACCAUGCUGGCGGCUGGACGAGGCGCCCUCAGACUGCCAUGUGCUGGACCUGAGCAUGCGACGUGAGGCACCCACGCCACCCCAGUGCCUUGACUUGCGUGUGCACCGGCGGGGCGAUGAGAACUGUGGUGCACUGCAGGGCAGCCCGCUCUACUCUGUGUACCGCCUUGAAGAUGCAUGGUAGCCUACCAGUGCAAUGCUGCCUGUUUAAAGGGGCUUUCCAACACUUUUUGACCAUGGUCAGAAAACACUGCCGAUCGGUAGUAGAGACUCCCGACAACAGGCGAGCCAAAUAUUAUAGCACAGCAUGCGGCCUGGAAUUCACAAUAAAUGAUCAAAGUCAGUUAAAAAUUGUUUUCUCUUCUCUCUCCACGCGUGCGCACGCGAUCACACUGAAAAAGUUGCGCAUUCGAAGAAAAGAAAAAGAAAAAAGUGCUCAAGGUCACAAGACGUGUGUGACGUUUUUCUGUGGCCCUGUCAUACCUCUCUGCUUAGCUUUCAGCACUUUCAUCAGGACGAGAGAAGAGAGAUGCAAUUACAGCAUGCGACAAACCUUUGUAACUCCACUCAAACUGGAUGGAUUCUUAAAAUUUUUGCGGUGUUGAAUUCGUAAUUCAAUAAGCCCUUCCAGUGAAUUCAUUCCAUGGUUACUUGAAAAAGUGUUUCAGGGCCCCUUUAAGGCUGGUGGCGCCUUCACUUCCCUUCCGCUCCACCCCUCCAACGCACAAAAACAGAUGCAACAAUGGCACAUCCCAGCAAGCCUCAGGGGGCACAGAUAUGCCAAGCUUUUUAAAUAAAUGGUUUUUCUGCAGAUCAUAAA